AAGCGGACAUUCCAGUGGACAGUAGUAGACUGGAAUCGAAAAGUCGCAAAUUCGGGGAAGAAGGAAGAAAGGUGUGACCUGCGAAACCCCACUGGUCAUUCUCAGCUCAGACCACACAACUUCAUUCUUUCCUCCCCUCCUCCACAUUUGACCUUUUCCCACCUUCUUGAAUUUUCGAUUCUUUUGACCCCUCCAUCCAUCCAUCUCUCUCCUAUAUCUAUCUACCCAAAAAACACUCAAAGUUGUCGCAAAACAAAAAAUGGGUGCGAGUAGCGAUCCGACCCAAGACGGAUCCGACGAGCAACAAAAGCGGUCAGAGAUAUACACGUACGAGGCGCCGUGGCACGUCUACGCCAUGAACUGGAGCGUCCGCCGCGACAAGAAGUACCGUCUAGCCAUCGCGAGCCUCCUCGAGCAGUUCCCAAACCGGGUCGAGAUAGUCCAGCUCGACGACUCCAACGGCGAGAUCCGAUCCGACCCGAACCUCUCUUUCGAGCACCCCUACCCGCCGACAAAAACCAUCUUCAUCCCCGACAAGGAGUGCACCAAGCCCGACCUCCUCGCCACCUCCAGCGACUUCCUCCGCGUUUGGCGGAUCUCCGACGACCGCGUCGAGCUCAAGAGCCUCCUUAACGGGAACAAGAACAGCGAUUUCUGCGGGCCUUUGACCUCCUUCGAUUGGAACGAGGCUGAGCCGAAGCGAAUCGGGACUUCGAGCAUUGACACCACGUGUACCAUCUGGGACAUCGAGCGUGAAGUUGUGGACACCCAACUCAUCGCCCACGACAAAGAGGUGUACGAUAUUGCUUGGGGUGGUGUUGGGGUUUUCGCUUCUGUUUCAGCUGAUGGGUCUGUUCGUGUUUUCGAUCUUCGCGACAAGGAACACUCGACUAUCAUCUAUGAAAGCUCUGAGCCCGACACGCCUUUGGUUCGACUAGGAUGGAACAAGCAGGAUCCUCGGUACAUGGCCACUAUUAUCAUGGACAGUGCUAAGGUUGUUGUGCUUGACAUUCGCUUUCCUACGUUGCCUGUUGUGGAAUUGCAGAGACACCAAGCGUCUGUCAAUGCGAUUGCUUGGGCUCCACAUAGUUCUUGCCACAUCUGUACGGCUGGGGAUGAUUCUCAGGCUUUGAUUUGGGACUUGUCCUCUAUGGGUCAGCCUGUCGAGGGUGGAUUGGAUCCCAUUCUUGCUUACACUGCCGGGGCCGAGAUUGAGCAGCUUCAGUGGUCGUCGUCUCAGCCUGAUUGGGUUGCCAUUGCUUUCUCCACCAAGCUUCAGAUACUUAGGGUAUGAUGUUUAUGAUAAUUGUGAGGUGAGGUGAGUUUUGAAUGAAACUAUCUCUGGCCUUGUCUUAAAAACUGUCUCUGUUCGUCUUUUUUAGAUUCAACAUUAAUGAUGAGUGUAGUUUGUCUAUUCCAA